UUGAACCUCAGGUUGUUCUUCUUUAAAUAGUAAUUUUUCUUUGCACUUUUCCAUGUCAUGUCCCUCACUGGAGAUGAAUCUCAUGACCACUGGUCGUGGUGGCUGGUUGUUUUCCCCAUCUCUCAGCCUACCCAGGCGGUGCACUACAUCCAGAGAACCUGCAACAACAUUUCGCUCCUCCUAUUGCCCUGCAAAUGUCUUGCUUUGAUGUUCUUGUCAGAUUUUUCUGCUAUUCCAUAAAUUCGAAGAUUCCAUCUCCGACUAUACCGGUCAUUCUCGUUUACCUUUUGACUCCAUUUCAGUGAGUUUCUUCUCCUGCUUGGCAACCUGAAUGUUCAAUGUUGCGUUCUGCUGCUUCAGAGUUUUUACUUCCUCAGCACUGAAAUCAAUCGAUUUCUUCAGGUUAACGAUACUGACAGUGUUCUUUUACACCAAAUUCAUGAUGUUAUCUGCGCUCUCUUUGAUUUUAGCCGUGAGGAUGCGGACGAUGUUGUCCUGUAGCUGGCUCAUUGAUGGUUCACUUCUCAGCUUCUUUGGAAGUUGCUCCUUGGUUGGGGUAUUCGGGUAUCUUCACGCACGACUGGACAGGCCUUUUGGAUACGCUUGUCCAAGUGAGCAAGACCUGCCAGCAGAGCUCACUGGAGCAGGGAGACAUGCCGUCAUCCUUUUGGCGCCUGACAAAAGUGAUCUUCCUUGGCCUCAUCACAUGUCUCAGUUGCUCCUCCUUUGGAGGGAGGGGGACACCACCACGGGACAGCCCCUACACUUAUCGCUAGAGAUCGAACUUCAGACUCCCUCCAAAACCACUGAACCCUUCAACACACCGAGAGAGUUUAUGAUGCACACCCUUAGAGGGCGCCGGAACAGGAUAACUCCCUCCACCAUCACAAAGACACAGAGGAGGAUGAACUAUCCAAUACCCAGUGAGAGAGAACGAGUGACCUCAGUCGAACACAGCCAGAAAGAGGAGGUGGAAGAGGCCUUCGAAAGAGGAGGAGGUUACCCCAGAGGCCAUUCCUCCUGUUCAUGUGAGCAAGAAAGAGCAGAAGGCUUCUGAUCAGCCAAAUGGCAGGCAGAGGGAGAGGUCAUAGUGAUUCACACCCACAGAGAAAGACAACCCACACAAGCUCUUGGUUGAGAUGAACCACACAGAGGUAGAGGCAGAGGGCUUUCAGCGCUAGCCAGUCAGCCUGCCUGCUCUAAAUCCUCAAGUCAAUUGUAUUUAAAUUCAUGUUCAUUAAAGAUUUUUAUUCAAUAAUUGAAAAGUCCCAUUUACUUAAUGAUCAUUUUUCACUGUCUUCAACCCUCAAGAACCAGGGUUAGUCUGGGUCACCCUUUUACUGGGCAAACAGAACUUGCAUAUCGUCAAAGACUAGGCCGAAACGUUAAUCUUUUAACCUUGCUUGAAUAAAACAAUGCAUUUUUUAUAGUGAGCAAGAGUUGGGCUUUUUCCUUUUCUAUGAUGA